ACCGUCACCGCCGUAAGUUUCCUGGGCUACGAUACGCGUCUCCUGGGCUGUUCGCUGCAAGAAAGAGAGGAGUGCGACGUACGCCUGUAAAGGGGGCCUAUUUUCUUGUUUGGUUUCUGUGCCUUUAUUAUUUUACUCAGCGUCGAUCUUGGAUAGCUCGGUUUUGGUGGUGCCAUUGAUACAAUCAUCAUGUCGUUUCCUAACCUCUCGUUGUCUCCCUCGGAGAGGCAUGCCUUUGCUCACUUCUACAAGCUAGCUGAAAAGGGUAACGGUAUCGUUAGCGGUGAAUCAGCUGUAGCUUUCUUCAGCUACUCUGGCCUCACACCGCUCCAACUCGGACAGAUUUGGCAGAUAUCUGAUACAAACAACAACGGUUUCCUUGAUCAGCAGGGCUUCAGCGUCGCCUUGAGGUUGAUAGCUCACUUGCAAGCAAACGAAACACUCACAGAAGACCUUAUCAAUAAGCCUGGUCCCAUCCCACAGUUCGACGGUAUACCACCACCAGCUAUACCGCAAGUAUCAUCGCCUACUAACCAACCCUCGAUUUCACCAAUCCAAACUCAGCAAAUUCCGCCUGUUCAAGUCGAUGAAAGGUCCAGGUUCACCAGGAUCUACGCUGGUUGCGGCCCUAUCAACGGCUUACUCUCCGGCGACAAAGCUAGAGACGUCUUCAUCAAAAGCAAGCUCCCGUUCGAUGUCCUUGGUCAGAUCUGGAACCUUGCAGACACUCAGAAUAGAGGAUCACUCGACCUGACCGAUUUCAUCAUUGGUAUGCAUUUCAUACAAUGCUAUAUGAACAAAACUAUCAGCCAGUUACCUUCUACCUUACCACCAGCUGUCUAUGAGCAAGCUUCAGCUGGGAGACAGAGAUCACAAUCACCCUUGGUCUCAUCACCAAUCCAAAAUCAACUCACUGGUGGUAGUCAAGCUGGCUCUCCACCACCAAGUCGACAAGUUAGGUUUGCUGCUGUUGGCGCAAAUGACUCUCCCCAAUCUAUUUCAGCUAUACCGCCAGUUCAAACACAACCAAGUGAGCCUGCGAAGAUAACGGCCGAAGAGAAGAAGUCAUACGAUGGUUUCUACGACUCACUCAACCCAUCCGGAAAUGGUGUCUUGGAAGCUGAUAAAGCUGUUGACUUCUUUAGCAAGUCUGGCUUGCCUAUUGAGAUUCUCGCAAAUGUUUGGGAUUUGGCUGAUGUCAGAAAAACUGGCAGUCUUAAUAAGGAUGAGUUUGCAAUUGCUAUGUAUCUCAUUCAUGGUUGCUUGGCCGGAAAGCCUCUGCCUUCUACCUUACCUGAUAAUUUGAUACCUUCGUCAUUGCGCUCUAGUGCUCCACGUAAACCUGCUGACGACCUGUUCGAUCUGAUGGGAGAUGAAUCUGAUCUCCAACCUGCAGUUGUACAACCACAACACAGUGGCGGUAUUCAGCCAGCAGGUAUACAACCACAACAUAGCGGCGGUAUUCAGACAGCAGGCGUUCAACAACAAGGUACUGGGUUGUCUUCACAAUCAACUGGUCUUUCCUCUCAAACUACUGGUAUUCAAGCUCAACCAAGCGCUUUCCAAGUACCAGGCUGGCAAAAUCCACCAUUACAACAACAGCAAGCUCCUCAACAGGCUAGGUCACCAUUUGAGAACCCUUCUUCUUACCAACAGCCUGCGCUCGUUGACGAUUUGCUCGGCGAUUCAGACGUUCAGCAAUCAAAACUCAACACUGAUACAGAGGCAGUUCAGUCUGCUAAAGGACAGCUAUCAGAAACGGACAAAGCUCUUUCAGAUUAUCAAACUCGUCGUGCAGAUCUUGAAACACGCGUUAAUACAGCUGAAACUGAGCGUAAAGAUUUAGAACAACGUUUGACAAAUGCGAGAAAAGCACACGAUACAGAAUCAAAAUUGGUUUCAGAAUUGCAAGUAAAGCUAACAGAGACUACCGCUGAACGUCGCAGAUUGGAACAGGAGCUAAUUACCGCUGAAAGUGACUGCUCUGCUCAGAAAGUAGAGAGAGCUGAAUUGGAGACAGCUUACAUGAGAGAAAAGGAAGAGACCAGAGUGCUUAAAGCUAAGAUUCUUGAGAUUAGCAAUCACACUACAGAAAUGAGACAAGCGCUUUCAGAAUUCCAAGAAACGACUCAAGCAUCAAAGGGUGAGAAUGAAGAAACUAAAGAGCAGCUCAGAAAUGCGGAAAGUGAGCGUGAUAAUGCUGCUAAAGAGUUGAAGAGAUAUAGCAAUGUCGAUCCAGCUGAGACUCUGCCAACUGAUGGUGAAAAGGAGUUGGAUGAGAAGUUGAAAGAUAUCGAAGACUCCAAACAAGAGCCAGAAGUAAAACCAGAGACUCUAGAGACUCCUAAGGAAGAUACUGAGACGGCUGCUGAGAACGUCAAAGAGACUCCUGUUCUCGCUCAAAACGACUUAAAGGAAGAGCAUAAAGAGUCCAAGGAAAUCAAGGAGACUAAAGAAGAUACUACAAUAGUGCCUACAACGGAGGCCGCCUCAGCAGUUCCACUUCCAACUAGCCCAGAAAGCGCUCAAGAGGAACCUCAAAGCGUCUCAAAAGCAUUGAGCCCAUCAUCAACCAAGUCUACCAACCCAUUUGAUAACUUUUCCAAACCAGUUGAGGAGGCUGGUACGACUGAAGAUCCAUUCGCUGUUAAUGAUACAAGCAAGAGCGCUUUCGACUCAUUUGAUGACAACUUUGAUAAGCUCGAGAACACAAAUUCCAACGUUCAGGAUAAUACCAAUAUCGAAGCUCCAGCUACUAAUUUCGAUGACGCUUUUGCUGGAUUUGAUAGCAAGCCAACUGAUUCCAAGGCAGCCUUCGAUGAGAGCUUUGCACCAGCUGUUGGCACUGCCCCUGCUGCUUCAAGUGCGGAUAAGGAAAGCGCUUCACCAUUUGACAACUUCGCACCGGCCGUUGGCGCCACUUUGCCUGCUGUUAAGGGUAAAGAACGUGACAAUGACUCAAGUGAUGACGAUGAAGGCCCAGAGGAUUUACCAGAGUUAUCCGAGCAACCACCAAAUCUUAAUCCAAAGGACGACAAAAAAGAUGAAUUCGAAGAUGCCUUCUCUAGUUUCCCUACCGCACCUUCACAAGCUGAUGCCAAAAACAAAAAUCCAUUCGAUGCAAUGAUCGGUAAUACAGGCGAAAAGAAGGACGAUCAUGAUGAUUUCGAUACCUCCUUCGCUGACCUUCCAGCAGCUCAAAUUGCAGCUGGUAACGUCCCUGGUGAAAAUGAUGAUGAUCAUGAUUCUGCAUUUGAUUUUGUAGCAGAUUUCGAUCAACCUGGUACAUCAAACAAGCAAGCACCUAACAAAGCGUUUGAUGAUUUCAGUGACACUUUCAGUAUGAGGUCACCGACAAGUGACCAGGCAGAUAAUACUGCAAAGCCAAAUUUACCACCUCGUGCUGAGAAUGCGGAAGAAGAUGAUAUUAAGCAAGUAAAACAAUUGGUUAAUAUGGGAUUUGACAGACCACAAGCAGUCAAAGCACUUGAAAAGUCAGGCUUUAACGUCGAGAAAGCCUUGAACAGGUUAUUAAAGUAAUUGAAUGACUGAAUCUUGUAAACUUUUUCUAUAUA